UUUAGCGCGUUGCCCUGCGCUGUUAAUAAUUAUAAAGUGUAAUACGCUCUUUGCGUUGUAAUUGAAACAAGAUUAUUAAGAAGCGGCCAGGCGGUGUGUUAUUACACAAAAAAAAAAAAAAAAACACACGAGCAAUUAUGCAGCGUGAGCGCGCUCGACCUGCUUCCAUUCUGUAGGAUUUAAAAGAGUAAAAGUGGAAAGUUCUGUCUGAGGAAUUUGACUGCGAGAAGCUAAAAACAAGGAUCCAUAACUGAAAAUGGCCGGGAAAACUGGAGAAGAACGCUUGAAGGAGAUGGAGGCAGAAAUGGCCUUGUUUGAGCAGGAGGUCCUGGGAGCCCCUGUCUCCAUGCCAGCAGUGACAGCUGUGGUGGAAGCAGUGCCAGUGGCCCUGGCUGUACCAACAGUCCCUAUGAUUAGGCCUAUCAUAGCUACCAACACCUACCAACAGGUUCAGCAAAGCUUGGAGGCGCGGGCUGCUGCUAUUGUGGCUUCUCCUCCAGCUGCUUUCGUGGGCCCAGCUGUACCUCCACGACCCCCACCUGUGUUGAGACCUGCUUUUGUACCUCAUAUUCUACAAAGAACAGGCGCACAUCGAAUGCCAAUGAUGCAGGUUCCUCCUCCUCCUCCAAUGGUGGCACCCCCAAUGCCCCGACCGCCACCACCCCCACCCAUGAUGGUGGGACCUCCUAUGCCAGGACCACCUCCACAUCACAUGGGCCACAUGAACCCUCUGACUCCGAUUGGGCCGAUGCCCCCUAUGGUUCCUGUUCCCCGGCCAGUGGUGCAGCCUCCACCAAAGCUCACUCCAACAGUAAUCCAGGCGGCUCCCACCGUGUAUACAGCCCCACAGCUCAAGAAGAAAAUGGAGCCUCGCAUCUUAACACACAGAACACGACUGGAGGAGCUGGCAUCCUCGGUUGUAGAACAGGCAACUGCAGCCAUAACAACAAAUGCCAUGUUAAUGGAAGAAAAGGACUCGUCAGCAGGUUUGGAGGAGGUUGUGAUUGGCCCCAGUAUGCCCGAGCAGGAGCCGCCACAUGCUGAGGUGCUGGAGGGAAGCGCAGAGGAUAAGAAGAAAGGAAAACAGGAGAAAGCGAAGAGGUGCAUCCGAACAGCCGCAGGAAUGACCUGGGAGGAUCAGAGCCUCCUGGAAUGGGACGUUGAUGACUUUCGUAUUUUCUGCGGUGAUCUCGGCAAUGAGGUCAAUGAUGACAUUCUGGCUCGAGCUUUUAGCCGUUACCCUUCUUUUUUGAAGGCUAAAGUGGUACGAGACAAACGAACGGGAAAGACCAAAGGGUACGGCUUUGUCAGCUUCAAGGAUCCUAAUGACUACGUGCGUGCAAUGAGGGAGAUGAAUGGUAAAUAUGUUGGGAGCCGUCCCAUCAAACUACGAAAAAGUAUGUGGAAGGACAGAAACCUUGAGGUGGUCCGGAAAAAACAGAAAGAGAAAAAGAAGCUUGGACUGAGAUAGUCGUAUGGGAGAGACUCGCGAAUGGGGAACAGCAGAAAAUCAACAGAGUUGGAGCGUGAAGACAUGAACGAGGAGCGCUGGUGAUCUCAUGCAAUACAUUUGGUUACUGUGCAAACACAUUCUGAUUUUAAAUUAUGCAAUGUGAUUUUAAAUAUGGCCCCCUCAUGAAGACCACAGAAACAGUCUGUGCUUUUGGAAAAUACACCAGUAGUGUUUUGGCCGUUGAGUAGCCUCGAAGUGUCUGGGGGUCCAUUGUAUGAUAUGUAAUGCAGUUAAACUUGGCAGACAUCGACACUGCGUGAUCGACUGGCGAUUUCUAAAGGGGUUUGGUUUGUCUGAAUGCUGCUUCACUUUGUGAUGGUGUCAACUUUAGGAUUGCCCCUUUAAAUGUUUUAUAUUCUGGUCUGCACUGUUUGAAGUGAAUAUAGUUUGUGUAUAAAAAGUUUAAUUCUGAUGUUGCUUUCUCUUUUGAAUCGGAGAGUAGAAACAACUUUUAACUGUUCUUAAAUGUUUUUAACAAAGCUCCGGUGAUCAUUUAACUAUUUUCAUUUUAAUCCAAGUGUGACUGACUAAGGGUGCAUGUUUGGAAAUUCUUGGGAAACGCUCAGACCUCCAGCCCUCUUAGAAAGGCACUUCACGCACUUUGUUUUCCUGCUUAGUAUUAUGGGGUUCUUCUGCGAGGUACUGUAGAGGAGGUGGGCCGCAGCAUUGGCUCUGCAUUCAGGCUGGCCUCUCGUUUUGCUAGUUCAUCAUCUCUCGCUCGUCGUCAGUGAAACAGCUCCUGCUUUUGGAUUCACGCUGAGCUGAGGGGGCCGGUCUUGUUGUUUUUUGUGGCACAAUGGUGUGUGUCACUUUGUUUUGGGAUCAGAGCAUUUGACUUUCAGUUUUGAUGAAAAGGACCGGUGUGUUGUAAAGAGCUGAGCAGACGUCAGUCUACACAAGGCAGCUGUCUGCGUUGCGUAUCUGGCAGUUGGCACACCUCUGAUGGACUUGUGCAAAGUGCGUCACUCACAGCAGAUGUCGCUGCUGUUCUUUUGUUGUCAGCAAUGGUGCGAGCGUGCCAUGAUGAGGGCCGGAGGCCUUCAUGUAUCGCCAAGGUAGCCUGCACCUCUGCUAUCAGUAGGUGGCACUCACAGUCAGUUUGCUGUCAACUACCCUGUCGGCAUCGUCCUCAUCUGGUAGGCACUUAAUGGAGUUUGAGAAGAGUUCUAAAGUGGGCUGUUGUCCUGCAGGUGGUGAUUUAGGUGAACAGACUCGAAAGACAAUGCCAAAAGAGGAAGGGAACCCCUCAAAACCUGGGCUUAUUAAACUAGAGAAUUCAAUAUGUGGUUACCAGCAAAAUGUAAAGAAUGCAGAAUUCAAAAACUGCAUAAAAUUUAACAAGAUUGCUAAAUGUCAAUUCAAUAAAUACAAAGCCAAAGGGUUGAUGUGACAGGAAACUAAAC